CUUAAGUACGACAUGUACGAACAUGAAUACAUCAGAACGCUACGCGCUCUUUUCCCUGUGAACCAAAUGAUUUUCACAUUGAAUCUUAGGUUAUUUGGGCGCGAAAACACAAACAUUCGUUGACACCGAUAUAUAAAGUAAACCAACAAUUUGAACUGGCUGCUAUAUUGAGCUAACAGUUUGAGAGCGUCGGACACGAAUUUUAACAAUUCACAAAGACAUUCUGAAAAAAUUCCAUUGACUACAUCAUACAAGAACGUUUCCUGAAUUUUUACCGUACAGUUUUUUUUCUGGAAAUUGUUUGCAUAAUUUUUUUUUGACUCAACUUGUUAAUGUUGUGAUAAUAUCGUGAAUUUUCUGCACAUUUUGUUGGUUCUUUAAACGCGAUUUUUUUCGAAAUUCAAGAAAAAAGCAAAUUUCGUCAUCAAUCAUGAUUCGUGCAACAGAUGAACGUUUUGUUUUAGGAAGCAAAGAAAAUUUGACCGCAAAUAUGGAAGCGUUCAGCUUAAAGAGCCCACGCAAAGUGAUUACUGGCCAAACCAUUGACGGUGCGUCGCCAAACAAGUUGCGCAAACUCAACAUGGAUCAACAUCAAAGCAAAGACGACGAAACCAAGAAAAAUGAAUUUUCGGCUAUCAAAUCUAACGCGACAAUGGAUUUCGAUCCACAGCUGGAACCGUUGCUCCGUGAAAAUCCAAAACGUUUCGUCAUUUUCCCCAUUCAAUACAAAGACAUCUGGGACAUGUACAAAAAGGCUGAAGCAUCAUUUUGGACGGUUGAAGAAGUUGAUUUGACGAAAGACAUGGAUCAUUGGAACAAUAAAUUGAACGAAGAUGAACGCAAUUUCAUCAAGCACAUUUUGGCAUUCUUUGCCGCAUCCGAUGGCAUCGUCAACGAGAAUUUGGUUGAACGUUUCAGCCAAGAGGUGCAAGUGACGGAGGCACGUUUCUUCUACGGGUUUCAAAUGGCCAUCGAAAAUGUUCACUCGGAAAUGUACAGUUUAUUGAUCCAACAAUACAGUCGCGAUGACGAAGAGCGAAACUUUUUGUUCAAUGCCGUUGAAACGUUGCCAUGUGUUAAGAAGAAGGCUGAUUGGGCUCUCCAAUGGAUUGGCAGCAAGUCGGCCACAUUUGGUGAACGUGUGAUUGCAUUUGCCGCCGUCGAAGGUAUUUUCUUCAGUGGUAGUUUUGCAUCGAUCUUCUGGUUGAAGAAGCGCGGCCUUAUGCCAGGCUUGACAUUCUCCAACGAACUGAUUUCACGUGACGAGGGCAUGCACUGUGACUUUGCUUGCCUCAUGUUCAAGCAUGUCGUACAGAAACCAUCACCAGCUCGCAUUCGCGAAAUAAUCCUCGAAGCGGUGAAGAUCGAACAGGAAUUUCUAUCGGUCGCAUUGCCAGUCUCAAUGUUGGGCAUGAACUGCGCUGACAUGUGCACAUAUAUCGAAUUUGUCGCCGAUCGAUUGCUGGGCGAGCUCAAUUGUGAUCCGGAAUUCAACGUCAAAAACCCAUUCAAGUUCAUGGACUUCAUUUCGUUGCAAGGCAAAACGAACUUCUUCGAAAAACGUGUCGGCGAAUACGCCAAGAGCCACAAGACCGACAAAAAGAACGAAGAAUCCUCCGCAUUUUCAUUGGACGCUGAUUUUUAAGCAAAUCUUACUUACAUUCAUUUUCCUACCACUUUUUUUCAUUUUAUUUUACAACAUUAUUUUGAAGAAUAUAUUUUUUCGUCUUGUAAGUCUAAGCCAAAUGACUAGCUUUAACGUAGUUUGUAGAUUUUUUUGAUUGAUGAUUGACAGUCUUUUGAAAAAAAAAUUUGUAUGCAAUUACGUUUUAUCGCGCGCACACACACAUUUUUCACCUUACCAAUGUAUUUUUGAGUUUGUUCACAACCUGGCGUGUUGAUUUGAAUCCAAACCGACUUCUAAACAUAACCAAAUGACAAUGAUGCUACAACUGAUGCAAUGAAAUAAAACUUUUUACAUAUUCAACGUUCGAUAGUUUGUAAUUUUGAUCUUUAUUUUUUAAUUGAAAUAAAACACACGACAAAAACA